UCAAUUUGUGAUUAAAUGAUGGCAAAGCUCAUAAUAUCGAUGAAUUGAUACAUUUGUUGCAUGUUUAUGUUUAUUUCGCUUUAAAAAUCGUAAAUUGCUUAAAUAUGAAAGAGAAACGAGAGAAGAAAAAGAAGCAUAAGAAAGAUAAACUAAAACACAAAAAAUCAAAAAAGAAAACAUAUUCAGAGUCUUCAAGCAGUUCAUCACAGUCGGAUGAAUGGGUUGAAAAAGAUACAGGUACGUCAAAAAACCGUGAUGAAUGGAUGUCAAUGACAGGUAUGUUGAAAACAUACACAAAAGAUGAUGUUAAAAUUUCGCGAGAAGAUAACAAAAAACAUAUAGAUUCAUACAAUCCUUCAACAAGCUCAAGAGAAUUAAAUCCAUAUUGGAAAGAUGGUGGUUCUGGUGUACCUCAGUCACAUGAAAGUUUUUGUAAAUCAAGACAGUUUAUGAAACCUUCUGAUGAUGAUGACGAUUAUUAUACUAAACCACUAAGCAAUAAGGGUAAACAAAUGACAAGAACGAGGCAUGAACACAGGGAUGACAGAAAUGUUGAUGAAAGAAAAAAUUACAAUUGGCGAAAAAAUGAAAAUAGGGAAGAAAAACAAGACUACAUAAAUAAACAUGAUUAUGGCACAAAAACAAAUGAAAGUUUAAGUGAUAAAAGCUUGUCAGCCACUAUGAAGGUUCCAUCAGAAGAAUCAUCUGAGAAAGGUUCAUCAAGUUCUUUGUAUCUUAGUGAUGAAAAAAUGAAUAAAUUAGCCGCUAAAAUUGUUAAAGCAGAAAUUAUGGGUGAUACAAAGUUAGUGAAUGAGUUGAAAGUCAAGCUAGAAGCAGCAAGGGACUAUAGAAAACAGAACCCUGGUGUUAAAGAUGACGACAGUGGCAUAAUGUUAAUGACAACCACUCCUUCAGGAAACAGUAGGCCAUUAUCAAAGGCAGAUUUGUCAGGUGAUCCAAGAAGUAAAGGUGGAAAACGAAAAGCAGAAACUCAUAACGCCAAUCAAAGAGUCAAGUACUUUGGAAAUGAUGAUAAAUACAAUUUAUCACAAAUGUUUGAACAAGAAAAGUAUGGCACCAAUUAUGACCAAGAUGCAGAGUUAGCUGCAAUAGCGGCAAAACAUAGAAACCCUAAUGAUGACUUGGAAGACAUAUUUGUAGAUGAAAUAUCAAAGAAUAGAAAUGUAGCUAAGGAUAAUGAAAAAGAAAGACAAAAUGCUAUUAAUCAGAGCAUGAAACUGGAGCGAUCUUUAGAAGGAUGUGAAUAUUGCAUUGAUUCUAAAAAUAUGUUAAAACAUUUAAUAGUAAGUUAUGGCAGUAAGGUGUAUGUGGCGUUACCAGCUAAGAAAUCACUUGUCAAAGGGCAUUGUAUUAUAACAACUCUGCAGCACAAUACAUGUGUUACUUCCUUAGAUGAAGAUAUUUGGGAAGAAAUAUUGAACUACAGGAAAAUGAUCACACAAUUCUUCAACUGUCAAAACAAAGAUGUAGUGUUUUUCGAGACUGCUACAAGGCUUCACAGAUACCCGCACAUGGUAAUCAACUGUGUACCUCUGCCGAGAGACAUUGGAGACAUGGCUUCAAUUUACUUCAAAAAGGCUUUACUUGAAUGUGAAGCAGAAUGGUCUAUGAAUAAAAAAGUUGUAGACCUAAAAGGUAAAAAUAUUAGAAAGGGUGUUCCAAAAGGUUUACCCUACUUUUGGGUAGAUUUUGGUAUGGAUCCUGGGUUUGCACAUGUUAUAGAAGAUCAACAGUUAUUUCCAAAGACAUUUGCUGAGGAAAUUAUUGGUGGCAUUUUAGACUUAAAUCACAACCUAUGGAAAAAUCCUCAAAGAGAAUAUGGGGAUGUUCAAAGACAAAAGGUUUUAGAAUUUGUAAACGAAUGGAAGCCUUUUGAGACAUCAAUGAAGAAUAAAGUAUAAAAAUUAUAAGCAAGUCCUUGUUUAAUUGUAAUACCGCUGACAUUUUAAGGACAUUUUAUGCUAACAUUUUCUCAUAUUAAAAUGUAUAGGCAAAGGAAAGAAACUUCAAAAAUACAGAAAAAGAAAAAUAGUCAUUAAUCAAACUAAA